AACUCCACCUCUCUUCAGGAAGUGCCCAUUUGGAAGGCGGAUCAGCCCGCAUGUCUCUCCUGAUCUUGUUGUCCAUUUUCUUGUCUGCUGCUUCAGUCAUGUAUCUGGUGUACCGAAAUUUCCCUGAGUUGAACAAUGAUGAGAAAGAGAAGAUGAAGAUCCCUAAAGAUAUGGAGGAUGCCAAGGCCUUGGGGACGGUGCUCUCCAAAUACAAAGACACCUACUACACACAAGUACUGGUGGCCUACUUCACUACCUACAUCUUUCUGCAGACAUUUGCCAUCCCUGGAUCCAUCUUCCUGAGCAUCCUGUCCGGGUACCUCUACCCAUUCCCACUGGCACUGUUUCUAGUCUGUCUGUGCUCAGGCCUCGGAGCCUCCUUCUGCUACAUGUUGUCAUAUCUAGUUGGAAGACCUGUGGUCUACAAAUAUUUAACAGAAAGGGCAGUGAAAUGGUCCCAGCAGGUUGACAAGCACAGAGGUCACCUUAUUAAUUACAUCGUAUUCCUGAGAAUAACCCCUUUCCUACCCAACUGGUUUAUUAAUAUAACCGCCCCAGUGAUCAACGUACCCCUGCGGGUUUUCUUCAUAGGGACCUUCUUUGGGGUAGCUCCUCCAUCGUUUGUUGCUAUUAAUGCCGGCACAACUCUGUACAAGCUGACCACUGCUGGGGAGGCCGUGUCCUGGAACUCUCUCUUUGUCCUGGGGAUCCUGGCUGUCCUGUCCAUUCUUCCGGUGUGCUUCCAGAAGAAGCUACAACAGAAGCUGGAAUAGACUCCCUUACCCUGUCCUCCGCCCCUCUACAGCUCAGCACCAGUACAGGCCUCCACGUCUGUGUUACUCUGACCUCAUCCUCUGGACUUCGUGGUAUAUGUUUAACAUGCCAAACAAACAGACAAAGUGAAACCUACUUUUUAAAUUGUUCUUUAGUAUUGCUGCUUAUUUAAUUUAUCCCCCC